UCCCGUUAGUGUGAAUGACACGCGCUUUGCUGGAGAGCUGUUUGGUUUGUGACGCACGGGUGACCAUUGAGCUGCGCGAAGUGCUCAGUAUCAGUUCAGUUCAGCUCAGAAACACGUACGCUAGUAAUGUUGGGCUCAGAGGACCACGGAGAGACUCGCAAACGAAACGGUACAGGAAUGAAGCGUCCGCUGAGUCCUGUUGAAGACGGGUUGCUGACUGAACAGACUGGGCAUGAGGGCGUGUUCUCUGAUGGGGUGGAGUUUACAAGACAGGACGCCCCACCUCUAAACUCUCGUCCGAAGCGGGAGCGCAAACACAGGUCAUACACACUCUGUGAAGUGUGCAACAUUCAGCUGAACUCCGCAGCACAAGCACAGAUACACUACAAUGGCAAAACACACCAGAAAAGACUCAAACACAUAAACAACAGCAACACAGGUAUGGCUGCUCAGGGGAGCCCCCUGCUGGCCUCAUUACCGGUGCAGGGUCGCCCGCUGCAGACCCCUCUGGACCUGAAACACUUCCUGCCCUUCCGGCUCAGUGGCUCCUCCCCUCUCAGCCUGUUCCCCAACUUCAACACUAUGGACCCGGUGCAGAAGGCUGUGAUAAACCAUACGUUUGGUGUUCCUCAGUCCCUGAAGAAAAAACAGGUCAUCUCAUGCAAUAUCUGCCACCUGCGCUUCAACUCCACGAAUCAGGCUGAGGCUCAUUAUAAAGGCCAUAAACAUGCUCGUAAGCUGAAGGCAUUAGAGGCUCAGAAGAACAAACAGCAGAGACGACAACUCGACAAUUCGCAUCACAACCGAGACAGAGAGAAGGACCGAGACAGGGACAGGGAGAGAGACAGCAGCAGAGUGAAAACGAGCGCUCUGGAUCCACUUCCUGCCCUGCUGGAUGACACCGCCAUGGAGGAAACUGCUGUCUGUGACUCAGAUCCUGUCGUGAGUGUGGAUGAUGCUCACUCUAGUUCGGUGGUCCUGACACCUAUAUCAGAGGUCUCGUCUGCAGAUCUGUCUGUCUCCUCCCCUCACUUCCAGAACCCGGACGGUCUGCUGGAACCCACCGCCAGCAAGACAGCUGCUCAGCAGGACAACUCUACAGGGGACACACCGGCAGAGAAGGACCCCAAAAAGACCAAACAACAUCUGCAUUGCCCCAUCUGCAAAGUCACAGUCAACUCCACCACUCAGAUGGAUGCUCACAAUAGUGGCACCAAACAUAAACUAAUGAUGGAAGGACAGAGUGUGUUGCCACGACGACGAGGGAAGACACUGUCGUCCCGCCCCUCAUGUAAAAGCAAGCGAUUGGCCAGUAAGGGGAGUGUGGGCGUGGCCAGCAAGAGCUUCAGCUGUGACGUUUGCGAGAUCCAUGUUAACUCUGAGACUCAACUCAGCCAGCACAUGAACAGCCGAAGGCAUAAGGAUAGACUGGCUGGGAAGCCCCCGAAGCCCAAGUUCAACCCUCAUGCCAAGAGUCAGCCUACCUCAGCAGCCUCGCAGGGUGUCAGAUGGAACGGUUAUGCGGGAGGCGCACUGUCUGUAAUGAAGAAAGUUAUCAACCAAUGCAAUCUGUCCACUCUGUCCACACAGACUAAACUGAUUCUACAGAAGCAAUUGACUAAAAAUUUGGCCGCCAGCUUCCUUCCCACCCCCAUAACUCCGCCCACCCUCUGCACAGUCACAGCCAAUCCACUCACACUGCGACACCCGCCGGGCACUACUUUCAUUCAGACGCCCAUCCUCGGCCCUGCCCUCUUUAGGCCAGCGCCCGGACCUCUGAGAGCAACACACACUCCCAUCAUAUUUUCCCCUUAUUGAUCACCUCGAAACAAAGCAAACACGCUCUUACAACAAGGGCGUACAUUCACGUGAUUUAGUCUUACGAUCCGUUCUCAGUACUGACGGUCUCUGUGCAAACUUCGUCCGUGCUCCCGCUCUCCGAGCUGUAUACACUUAAGUAUAUAAACACAAACACACACUCCCAUAGUGUUCCCUGUCCUCCUCAAAAACUGUGACUCUGAGAGAGUCACUCUUGAACUAUGCAGCAAAGGGAGAGAGAGUGUGUGAGAGAGAGAGCAAGACCAUAUAUGGGAAUAUGGGAGGGGCCUCAUUGAUAACACCAGCCCACUAUGCAGAUGAACGCUUUAAUGACAGGACAAGACUGAUAAAGGAGUGAAAGAGCUAUAAGAAGGAUAUUUAGUUUUGCUUUAUGAGAUAUUUAUCAUUAUACAGAUAUUAAUCAGGUUAUUAUUCUAUAAUUUAUUAGAGGAAAGCCAAUUUUAGAGACCUAUAACUGCGUUAGCUGUUUGUUUAGUGAGGAAAUGCAAACAUCCCUUUACUUGAUGCUUUUUUUUAAGUAUUUUAAAUUGUUAUUAGUCUGUUUUCUUGUCGUUCCACAUGGAUAUAUUGCCGUUGGUCUGUGUAUUCGCACACAUUUUGAGUAACCUCAUCUGACCGGCUUUUGUUAUAAACACAAAGCUCAUUGGUCUGUCAGUUUACAGAUGCUAAGGCUUUCUGUCAUGGGUAAUCACAGAAUAACACAGAGUACCAGUCUAAUAUACGAACGUGACAAUUUGGUAGCAAGGCAACACACACACACACACACACA